GGCCAGUAAUUGCUGCCAAGAAAUCGCCUUGGCGAGUGGGCAUGAAUCCGAUCACCGAGAGUGCGUCGCCACCGCUGGCUGCGGUAGCGAUGGCAGCAUCUGUGCCAAAUGUGGCUGUACCAGUGGAACGAGGCAUUACCCAGGUCCGAGUACAACCCAAGUCGUCGUGCCACCAUGAAAAGCAGGCGAUGCGUGGUGUCGAGUGGAAUGGAGGGCUUCCUGUGGCUAUAGUUGCACAGCCCAUCGGCACUGCGAGCUGUACCAUCACCAGCGGUCGAUCGAGCAUCUUCAAGCAGUGCUUCUUCAUGCUCGUGCUCCUGUUUGUUGUGACGUAUGUAUUGGGUGAACACAUCGCUGCCAUUGGCCUCCCGACUACCGUCGCGGCGUCGUUCCAGACCUCCGCCACGUCAACCUCGGCCGUGUACGUGUCCAUGGUCAGCAUCCCCGUCAUGGAGCGUGUAUUGCCUUUGAAGCAUCUUGCGGAAGAGCUGCUGCAGCGAGGAUAUCGGGUUAGCGUCGCCAUGCCAGAGAUAUGUCGCAGUUGGGUAAGUGAUGUUCCCGGGCUCGAGUUCAUAUCCCUUGGCACAAUGUCUGUGUCGUCCCACCCGCUAACGAUCAAAACGGCGGUUGGCAAUGUCGGUGUGCACUCGAGCUACUUGUCGUCCCUUCAACACUACGCUUCGUAUCACCAGCCUAUGCUGCACCCGCUCCUAGAGGAUUUUACGGAGGAUCCGCCGUCGAUUAUUGUUGUGGACCGGUACUCAUUUGCUGGAAUGGACGUGGGCGCUUCACUCGGAAUACCUUGCGUGAUCAACAACCCCUUUCUCCUCCUCGACAUUGACGACCCCCCGGCGUACGUUCCCGCGCCGUUGUCGCACCACCCCAUCAUGGAUGCCAUGACGGUGUAUCAACGCUGCAUGAACGGAUAUUUUCGGCUACGCUUUCGCUUGCUCAACUUGGGCUUGGCUGCCCACCUCCACGACGCGACCGGAUCGUCGGUCGCUUCCAAGAUCCUGUCCAACAAUGUAAAUGUAGUGCUGACCAACUCUGCGUUUGGGCUCGAGUACCCGCGGCCGCUGACACCCCUUCACCGCAUGGUUGGCGCGCUUCGCCGCCGUGCUGUCACACCGAUGGAUGCAGACCUCGAGUCCUGGUUUAACAUUUCUCCACGGGAAACGGACCCGUAUUAUGUCGUAUAUGUGGACUUUGGACCGGACGUGGUCCUGUCGAUGGAAGUCAUGACACAAAUCAUCACUGUGCUGCGGGAGCUCGAUCUGCGCGUGGUGUGGAAGCUGACGGCUGACAUGCACAAGGCUUGGAACACCGACGACGACGACGCCGCACCACUGCUCCAUGCGUUUGAGUCGUGGGAAGUGUACUUUAGUCCACGCAUUGCGCAUACGGCAGUGCUCCACCACGCCGCAUUCUUUGUCACGGCCGGGGGGUUCAACCACGCGCAAGAAGCGCUGUGUGCGGGUCGACCCAUCCUUGGCAUUCCAUUCUCUGCGGAACAGGCUGAGUUCGUGGACCGAGUGAUCCGGGCUGGCGCGGGCGUGUCGAUUGAGGCGACCGAGUUGACGGUCGAAAACCUUCGCCAUGCCGCCCAGCUUCUUCUUGCUCAUGAUCGGUUUGCCAAAGCUGCGACCCGCCUCGGUGGCCUCUUGACCAGCGCCGGGGGUGUCGUUGAAGCUGCAAAUAUCGUGUUAGCCGUGGCGGACCGCGGCGCGUUGGCCCUGAUUCCCGCCCGCCACACACAGCCAUUUGUCAAGACGUACUUGUUCGACGUGUAUGCGGUUUACGGCGCCGUCCUCUGUGGCGUCGCAGUGAUCCUGCGCACGCUCCUUUCGGCGCUCUUUUCCGUAUUCCAGCGCAAAACGGUGCCGUUGGCGCCCGACGUCCCGAAACUCGACUGAAGAGACAGUGGUUGUCGCAUAAACGCCCACAUCAAUACCAAUCUUCUCAGUGCCAUCCACGCUUCCUCUAUACAACGUGACGAGAGCAAAACGGGAUGGACCGCGACGGCCGUUGUUUCUGGACCAUGCAGCAUCGGAAGUCCCCAACUUGAAAACAAACGUCGAU